AUGUCAAUCUCAAGACUCUCUCUCUGCCUAAUCUUCCUCACCUUCCUCACCACCCCACUUGUUCUCUCCUCUCGCACCCCCAAAAUGUCUGUAGCAGGAUCACCUUCAACAGAGAAGAAUCUCCAGAAACCACAUGUUCAUCCUCCUUCACUGCCUGUUUCUGAUACCACUGAGGUUAUUGAUUCAUUUCCCUCCAUGGCCAAGAUUGAUGCUGAGCCUGCAACAAACUCUGCUAUAUCCGGUUUCUUCAAGCAUAUAUACCCAUUCCAAGGCUGGCCUUUCCACAAGCAUGGUCCUUUCCCAAUCGUUAAGCCUGAGAAUCCUUCUGUUACUACAACAACACCUGCUACUGGAGCUGAGGAAGCUGAAUCUGAGAAGGUGCCUUCUCCUCCAAGCAAUGGAAACAGAGAGGGUGGUGGCAACGCUUGA